UUGUGUGGCUGUUCGGUGUUUUCGGUGGUUUGUCUCGAUGAGUCGGGAGAGUGGCACGAGCGGGAGUGGCGGACUUGCAGGAUCCGCCGGGGGCAGUGGUGCCAGCGGGAGUGGGAAUGAGGGCUUUAGGCAGAACUCGGAGAACUGGAUGGCGGGUCGUACAUGCGAGAAGAAACACCGCGAUGAGUAUCACGAUGCGAAGAGAAGGGGUGUUCCUUUCAUCCUUCCACCGCAAGUACAGGGAGGCCGAAAUAUGGCUACGGGGCAUGAGAGAAGAAGCCUGUCCGCGGAUACUAGCAUGCGUAGAAGUGGCGGUGAUACCGAUGGGCUCAUGCGUGAAUACUUCUUACAAAAAGCGCAGGAGAGGCGCGAACGACUUGAAAGGGAAGUGAGGGAAGAGGCGGCUUGGAAGGAUGAGGCUAUGCGGAGGGAAGCGGAGACGAAGCGACUUGAGGAGCUGGCUGAGAAGCGGAAAUACGAGGAUGAACGAGACGCGCGAUUGAUGUGGAUGAUCAAUGAGAUCCGAAGUGAAGGGGGUGCGGGAGCCGGUAGCUCCACGACUACCAUGGAACCAGUCGGCAAGAUCUCCCUAUCAUUGAAGCACGUGACGGCUGGUGCUGGACCUGGUGCACGCGAGAAGUAUGAGGAAGAGUGCCGCGAGCUCUUUGAAGCGCUUACUAUCGAGGAGUUGAAGGAUGCGUGUAAGGCUGAACACGUGGUGUAUGGGAAGCGGGAACUAGCGAUCAAUCGAUUGGUUAAGAGGAGAGUGACCAAGGUAUAUGAUCCGAUUAAUGUACCGCUGUCGAGACUCCUAGGGUGGUCAGACGCUCGGCACGUAACGCUCAGGCGAAUCAGGACGAGGCCAUCAAGGCAAUGUAAGAGGAUGUUCGAAAAGGAAGGAUGGCUGAUCUUACGCGACAUUAUGGAAGCGUCACCGAGAACCUUGAGGAUGAAGCAGGACUUGAUCUGGAUGUUUAAGAAUUGGAGGAAGCAGAGGGAAUUGAUGGCGAAGUCUGUAGACGAACUGGUGGGCUACUACGGAGCUGCGAAACUGUUCUUAGAGAAGAGGAGUCGAACUAGGGCGCGGAGAAUGCUGUCCGAUGUAUUCAAGAAGAGGUUUGGAAUGAAUGUCAGAAGGCGGAUCAUAGUGAAGGUCGAAUUCGACGAUAGAAUACGGAAGGGUGAAGUCGUGCGGUUAGUAAGGAGUGGUGUUGGAAAGUUAAGGCUGACUAAGCCAGUGAUGGAAAUGGUGCGAAGACGCGCCCCCGUUGUUUGGACGAGGAAGCAUAACGUGGGUGAGAUACUCCAUAAUCACCGCCGGUAUGCGGCGGAUGGGGUCUUCGGGUGCAUUUGCACCGAUAUGCCCUUCCUUCGGGUGGAUGGGCACGUCCAGUUCCGCAUUGGAGAGUUGACCGACUGUCCUAGCAUCGUUCUUAAUGCCAAGAAUGUACCAAGGGACAGAAGCCACGGUGUGGUGUCUAGGUUGGCAGGUGAGUUGUCUAACGGUAUGCAGGACCUCAGCUGGUUAGGGAACGGAAUUGGGAAGGUUACUUUCUCAUUGGUGGAAGUAGAGGGUUGCGUCGGAGGCGAGAAUGGAGCCAAUAGUGAUGUAUCGGAAGUUCGGCAGCUUGUCGACCGGCUGGAUAGAUUGAACUUUGACCGGCUGGGAAAAUGGGACGCGGAAGGGAGGCUUGGGAAUGCGUACGCCUUGCCUAGACACAAGGACACGGGGAAGUACAGGCCGAUCUGCCCUACGUACAGCGAGCCCAGUAACGGUGUUUGUAGGAAGAUAGCUCGAGCUGUUAAUAAGUUGCUCUUCUCGCUUCCGGAGAGUGGGCACUUCAACUUGAAAUCGAUUUGCGAAUUGCGGCCUCGACUGACUGGGAUUAAUCAGAAGAUGCGAAGGGUGGGGGAACACACGAACCUGCUCGUGGGUUUGUAUGAUAUUAAGGAUAUGUUCAGUAAGCUACCGCAUGAUACGAUUAUGCACACGCUGGAGUGGUGUCUGUGGUGGCAGGAAAGGAGAGGGUUCCGGGGUGUGUGGGUGAAGCAUCGUGGGAAGGGUGUUGUGUUGAGCCAGAAAGCGCUGGUUGAAGGCUUUCAAUUCGUUGAGUUCGCGAUGAUUCAUGAUUUUGUGCAGUUUGAAUUGAACGAGUGUUUUACGGUCGCUGGCGGCACGAUCCUUCGACAGGUGAUAGGAAUACCGAUGGGAAAGGCGACAAGUCCGCCACUUGCCUGCCUGAUGUGUGUGAAGGCAGAAUGGGAUUUUUUGAUCAGUUUGGGGAAUGAUCGGAGGCUGAUCGUCGGGAUUCGGUACGUUGACGAUGCUUCCGCCUUUGUGGCCUACGAUUCACGGAAACAGGAAUCGAGACGCAAGGCGGAGAGGAUCCUCGCGUCCUUCGAAGGUUGUUACGAUAAGGCCUUGACCUUGAAGAGAACAGAAGUGAGUGAAAAUGAAUGGGAGUUUCUGGGCUGUAGGCUGACGGUGAAGGAUGGGUUCCUGUAUCUUGGAUGCUGCCAGGCAAUGAAGAAUGAGAAGGACCUGUUAGCAGGAUCUGAGUUGACCUUCCGGGGCUUUCAGGAUUACCGAUCAUGGACAUCGAAGAAGGCGAAGCUGGCAGUGGUGGUUAGUGCAUUGCAUAGAAUUGAACGGAAUUCCAUGGCUAAUAUGCAGUUGGUCGAAGCUCUGUUGCUCCUGAGAAUGGAGCUGCGGCGAUGCAAUUCUCCGGGGCACAUCUUCGGCAAGGGAUUACAUAACUUUGCACGGGACAAAGGGAUGGUGUGAAAAUUGUUGGCCGAAUUGUUGUCUGGAUGAUUUCGUUGGGUACUGUACUAGCAUUCCGUUGUGAGGUGUCCGGUAGUUUGCCUGUAGUCGUGUGUCUGGUUUGUUGUCUUUGAUUUGUUGUUCGAACGACCUUGCACGUAGAUGACGCCGGUGAGUGAUUUGAUUAGAUUUGCUUGGCAAACGGUUUAUUGGCUGAUGGGAGGCAUGUAGUACGGGCCAGUGCCCGUGGCUGUGGUCUGAAUGGACCAGGGCACUGGACCGAUGGAGCUUGGCAUAUCAUUAGACCAGGGUACAGGCCCGUUCGGGACUCGGUUGUAUCCUGGACCUGGGUGCGGUUGUGUAUGACCUGUUGUCGGGCCUAUGUUGGAAUCUGUGUGUAGGAUGGGUUUUUGCCUGUAGCCUUUGCCAGGUCAGACUGCGUGAUAGGAGUAGGCCUGGUUUCUUUACUUUUUGUUUCCUCCUUUGUUUGUUGCCCGUAGCUUUCGGCAGGAUUUGACUUUGGUUUGGUUUUUUAGGAAUUGACCAAGACGGAUCGAUAAAAAGAUUGGCGCAAGUCGGUCUAACUCCUUUUGGUGCUUGCACCAAAAAUGAGUCGGCGCUUUUGAUGGCGGAGUGUUCGGGGGAAUUUUGGGUGAUGUGGAAUGAAGGUGGCGCGCGAUG